CUAGUUUGACAUUUUUUAAUUCUAUUGACAUUAUGAUUCAAGUUGUCAAAAUUAUAUUGACAGACAGUGCAGUUUUUGUAGUCAAGAGGCUCUACGUGCUGAGUAGUUACCAGUGAAGGCGAGUAGCACUUGAAUCAGUUACUUCAGCAGCCAUCUUGGUUUGAUUUAAUAGGAAAUAGAUCAAUGUAACUGUGACUUUAAGAGGUUCAAGAGGCUUUACAGUACAUGAGAUGACCAGUGAGUGUAGACAAGUGGCACCUGAAUCAAGUUCAAUUGCUGUGUGUCUCUUUAAGAGAUUCCAGGGUUAUUAAGAGACUUCAUUGCCUUAAGAUUCCCCAUGGAUUUUUGAGUUCCUUGGACAUUGCGCAGUCCCAUGAUGGCGACUGGUGGCUCUUCUGCACAGGAUGAUCGGAGGGUUGUACUUUUGGGGAAGAUAGGAGCUGGGAAGAGCUCCUUGGCCAACAGACUCCUGGGCGGCAAGGCUUUCAAGAAAGAAGAAGCAGGACUCUGUGUGCGGAGACAGGGAGAACAUGCUGGAAGGAAACUGACUGUGGUGGACACACCUGGAUGGGACAGGGUGUCUGUGCAACGCACACCUGAACACAUCAAACAGGAGAUCAUACGAAGCACCUCACUUUGUCUACCAGGACCUCAUGCCCUGCUCCUGGUUCUUCCCAUAUCCAUGGAUGGAGAUCCUCCCUCAGCAAAUGAGAUGAAAUCAGCCUCCCAUCAUGUAGAGCUGCUGUCACCCAGGGCCUGGAGACACACCAUGGUGCUGUUUGUCUGUAAGGAUGAGAUGGAGAAGUCUGUCAUUGAUCGGCAUGUGCAGGGUGCCAAGAAGCUCACUGACAAAUGUGAAGGGAGGUUCUUCAUACUGGAGAGAGACAAUGAAGUCUCCCACCUGCUACAGAAGAUAGAGGACAUUGUAGAGCAGAACUGUGGAGAUUUCCUGAUACCCCAAGUCUACUACGAGGUGUUUGAGAAGAGAAUGCCAAGUGGGAUUGUAGAACAAAGCAAGAUGUAUGAGAGGAGAGAGGAGGAACUCAAGGAGAAGUAUAAAGAGAAACUUCAGAAGAUGGAGGCAGAAAGAGAUAAGGCAUUAAGAAGACGUGGAAGCUUUGAACUCUUACCACCGACCAUGUCUGACACAAGCAAAAUCCAGCAUCAGGAUUCUGAGAUAGAGAAGAUUGAAUUGCAACCUCUGAAACAGGGUUACCAUGAGGAAUUUGUAACAAUUCCGAGAUAUUAUAUUAAGAUGUUAAUGGUCAUAAUGGCGGCUGUCGUGGGAGCAUUUGUGGGGGCAAUUGGGGGAGCAGAUAAAGGAGCUCUGGGAUCAUGUACAGGGAUGGCCAGUGGCUUUUUAAUUGGCCUGUUAAUGGGCUUAUUGGUAAUUGGAGUAACUAAGUUGGUAAAAGGUAACACCAGCUUAACUCUAGUCUUUGGAGGUACAGACCAGAAUCCUCAAGAAAAAAUGCAGGGUCCAAGGGACGGUUCACAUUCUCCUAAAACAUGUAAAAAGGAGAAAGAACAGUGACACCAUGUGCUGCAAUUUUCUGUCCACGUUAGGGCUGUAACAUAUACACCAACAUCACGAUUCGGUUUGUAUCACGAUAUUUGACCCACGGUUCGAUACGAUCCUUGAUUUUUAUUUUUUUUUUUGGGGGGGGGGGGGGGGGGGCUAGACAUUUGAUUAAAUACCAGAGGAUUACAGUAUAAUAUAUAGUAGGCUAUAAUAUAUCUGUACUGAUUGGACUGUUCAGUUUUCCCAUGUGUGUUUCAAGGUAAUACUUGUUCUCCUUGGGACAGGCCCUUUUGGGAAACGUUGGUAUUGAGAUGAUCAGAAUGCAAGAGUUUUAAACAAAUAUGUAGCAUGCUAAUGAUGCUAAGCGGAUUUAAUAGUAAUUUAGCUAGUCGUCUUCUAUGCGUCCUUGUUUUCAUGAUUGUGAAUGCUUUAUUUGGAUUGUGUUGGCUGAGUCGUGUUCAUUGAGCAGGAGAGGGAGGGAGCGCGAGAGAGAGAUCGGGGCAAGGAGAGGGGGUUUACUUCUAUACUGUUUGGUAAAGUUGAAUAGGCCUACAUAGU